GCCGUCAUCAUGGCGCUAUGGCGUGCUAUCGUUCCUUUACGAAGCAUGUUUUAAAUUUUCGUCGUUUUGUUCGUCAUGCACCUGCGGCCGGCUUUCUUAACAAAUGUAAAAUUGAAGCUGGACAAGGAGAAACUCGACGUGUUCAAACCGCAGUCAGCGACAGCAAAACAUUCCACCUUGAAAAACCCUAGUUCCUUAGUCACAGAUAUACAUGAAGUUCUUGGCGACCUACUUAGCAGCGGUGGCCAGUUACUCGGUAAUUCACGGAAACUGUACAACAGUCACGCGUUGAAAGGAACCUGGCAUUCAUUGACGACUGAACAAAGCAAAGCAGGAGUAACUGAGGCUUUGGGGGACAGUUCAGAGAGCGCAGAGACAUUGCAAUCUGUAACGAAACAAAUGGGGGGCGAAGGAACCCCUGUAAAAAACAAAGCUCCUCUCGGACAGACCAACACUAUAGAUCAUAAGACGGAAUUUGUCGCCAUGAAUUCACACACUAACUUGAUGGACUCGGGGACGGAGCCUAACAGCAGAGGGAUGGAUGCCGUAACGGCCCACAACGCGACGCCGCUUGAGCUCAACGCUGAGGGUAAAAGAAAGAACAUCAGGAAGAGCCCAAACCAUCCUCACUCUCAAGCCACCUGUCUUCGACAACUACUCUUCCUUCAGCUGGACCUUAUAGAGCAGCAACAAGAGCAGCUGCAGACCAAGGACAAGGAGAUAGAUGAGCUGAAAGCCGACAGAGACACGCUGCUGGCGCGGAUCGAGAGGAUGGAACGUCGGUUGCAGCUUCUCAGUAAAGAGCCGCGUGACAAACGUCUCUUUCAGCCGUUGGAGAGGUGGAUCCCCGACACGGAUGAUUUCUGGGAUUUGGAUUUGGACGACAAGUCGAAAGAGUCAGCUCCGAAAGCUCAGGCGCUCAGUCGGGGUAGCAAAGUCCAAAAGAGGAAGUUCAGCUUUUUGGACUCUAAGGCACAGAGGACGCGUGGGAAAUCUUCCAAACUUUCGCCACAGAAGUCAGAGACGGGUUCAACCUCUCCGUGUCAGAGGGACCUACGGAAUAAAGAAACGCCAGAGAAUAACGUGGUGUCUGGGCAUCCGGUGGACCAAGCCGAUACAGAGGAUCCUCAGGAGGACACUGCAGAUCUGCCUUACAUGACAACUACAGAAAUGUACUUAUGCUGCUGGCAUCAGCCUCCACUCUCUCCGCUUCAUGAGACGUCUCCCAGAAAAGAGGAGGAUGUCGCUAGUGAGUUUGUCCCCCCUAUCCAAGAGCAACGUGCUUAUGGUUCUUCUGCUUUCCCAUCAUGGAGAGAGAACAGCGUAGAGCCCCUGAGGGAAGAUGAAAUGUUCGACAUCCCAGAGAGCCUGGACGACGGUGUCUUUUUGAAACGUCACUCUAAGCUGGAGUUGGAUGAGAAGCGAAGGAAGAGGUGGGACAUUCAGAGGAUACGGGAGCAGCGGAUGCUGCAGAGGCUACAACAGCGCAUGGAGAAGAAAAAGAGCGGCAUUCAGGAGAGAGAGCCUGAGUUUUCCUCCUUCUACCCUGACGUCGAAGAUGUGGGGUCUAUAGUAAUCACGCCAUUUCUGCCGGUGGUGGCGUUUGGCCGACCUUUGCCGAAUCUAACUCAGCAAAACUUUGAGUUGCCGUGGCUUGAUGAAAGGAGUCGCUGCCGGAUAGAAAAUCAGAAAAAACAAACUCCUCACAGAACCUGUCGGAAAUGAGGCGGUUUUUUUUUUUGUUUUUUGGUUUUUUUUUUUAAAUCCAGUUCUUAGCAAACGUAAGAUGUGAACGCUGGCCGUAUGGCCGCUGUGUUAGCCGUGAAGGAGUUUUGGAAGGAGCUGUGGGCGAGCACUGGUCAGCGUGUAUGUCAAUCACUCUGUCAGAGGGAGGAGGAGGCGGGAUCUCGUCGGCGCCCCACCGGCCAAUCCGGCGACAGGCUGCGGACAGGGAGAGAGAAAGAUAUGAUUGUUGACUCUUGAGGAAUGGGGUUUAGACCUCCGUGGCUGUGAAGAACUGCAUCAUAGCCUUGGCGGUAGAAGUAUGGAAUGGCAGUGGCUCGUACAUGGUUUGCAUUACACAAUACAAGGAGUAGAGCAUACUCUGAAUGCCUGAUGUCUGUAAUGCCUUUUAACUUGCAUUCAGUGUAGUUUCUUUUUUUUUCUUUUUUCCUCCAUGAAAGACAUUUGUGUAAAGUAUGUACGGUCCUGUCUUGAGUGUUUUUUCUCUUGUUAUAUUUGUUGUACUGGCAUUGCUUACUGCAGAGUUUUUGUUUUUGUUUUGUUUUUUAUUAACGUGGACUCAGUUGUUUUAGUGGCAUGUCUGAUGACUUAGCAUGUAGCACCUUGAUUCGCACAUUUCACAGUCUGUGUUCAGUUCAACAGGUGAGUAGCAAACAUCUGACAUUGUGUACUUUUGCUUUCCAUAACCUUGCGGUGGGAAAAUCGUAGAGAAAUAUCAGAUGUAUUGGAGUCAAAAUACAAAUGCUUGCUUGAUUUAUUUGCAUUUUCUCGGUGUAAGUGUGCAUGAAAUUAGCAGCUCUUGUAACAACAAAUUACUGUCGGUUGUUGGCACUGUAACACCUUGUCAUUUUCCUGCGUUAAAGCAGCCCAGUGAUUUCAACUUUGGUGUGUUUGAGAUGUACUUCUCAUUGUCAUUUAUGUCUGAACAGGCUCUGAAUUGUCUGAGCUUUACACUCCCAGACAGCAAAUCUCUGAAAAUCUUGCACAAGUAACCUUGUAACCGAUACUGACUCUGGUAUAUGUUUACCUUAAAAUGCAGAUGGUGAAAUGUGGUCUCACGCCAAAGAAAUGUGAGCUGCACAGCGUGCCUCACAAUUUGUUCA